CCGAGCUUCAAAAAAUCAACCCCGAAAGAAGAAUCAUCCUCCACCAAGACAAUGCAAGCUCGCACACAGCCCAAAAAACAAGGCAGUAUUUAACGGAAGAAACGUGGAAUUAUUGGACCAUAUAGUCCCGAUCUAAGUCCUAACGAUUUCUUUACUUUCCCGAAAAUUAAAAACAGACUGCGUGGUCAAAGGUUCCAGUCACCAGAAGAAGCAGUUGACGCAUUCAAAAAUGCCGUUUUGGAUCUGCCAGCAAACGAGUGGAAUAAGUGCUUCGAAAAUUGGUUCGAGCACAUGCAGAUGGAGGAGAAUACUUCGAAAAACAAUAAAGUCAUUUAAAACUACCUACCGUGUUGUUUUAUUUCCAUAUGCAAAACUUAAAAGACAUCCCUCGUAUGUAUAUCCACAUUCCAAUUAUUCCUUAUAGUUACCGAAUUGUUGUUCAGCAGAAGAU